CCGUUUUGACACCGAGACAAAAGCAAAAAAGUAGUAUGAAUGGUGAAGGAGCGAGCAGGCAAGGAGAAAGCAAGAGGAGGCGGUUAGUCUUUGUAGUCGGUGAGGAAUGCGGAAACGCUCCUGCUCUGUGUCAAACUGCUCUGAAGGGGGUCAAGGCACAUUCAGCCAGCGUGGGAAAGCGAGGAGCAGACAGAGCACACACACACGCUGCAUAUUCCUGCUUCGAUGGGGAAAACAUAAAGGGUGGUGUGGUAUUGCUGGGAGAUGGGGCUUAGCGCGUGCACCAUCCGACUACCUGUGUGGCCCGUCGCGAGGACACUGCACGAGCUGUGAUGCGUGUGGAGACGCUGGGAAACUUACUGAAGUUUAUGAAUGACGCGACUGUCCGGGCGGAAUAUAACAAACGGGGCAGUGCACGUGCCAGCGCCGCUCUCCCAAUAAUGCCUUUGUGAAAUAUCCGCGCGCUCGUCACGUUUCGGGAUUCCCCGCAGUACCUCGCCGUGAGAAAAAAUGGACAAAGAGAGCUCGACCCAACAAUAUGAGCCGGUGGCUGAGAUCGGCGAAGGUGCAUAUGGAAAGGUGUACAAAGCACGGGAUUUGAAGAACGGGGGCCGCUUUGUAGCCCUAAAAAGAGUUCGGGUGCAGACCGAGGAAGAGGGAAUGCCGCUGUCAACCAUCCGCGAGGUGGCGGUGCUGAGGCAGCUGGAGUCCUUUGAGCAUCCCAAUGUGGUCAGGUUGUUUGACGUAUGCACAGUUUCCAGGACUGACCGGGAAACCAAACUAACUUUGGUCUUUGAGCAUGUGGACCAAGAUUUAACCACAUAUUUGGAGAAAGCACCUGAUCCAGGAGUGCCACCUGAAACUAUAAAGGAUAUGAUGUACCAGCUGCUGCAGGGUCUGGAUUUCCUCCACUCUCACCGUGUGGUUCAUCGAGAUCUUAAGCCUCAAAACAUUCUAGUCACCAGUGGAGGACAGAUCAAACUGGCUGAUUUUGGUCUGGCGCGGAUCUACAGCUUUCAGAUGGCUCUUACUUCCGUGGUGGUGACGUUAUGGUAUCGUGCUCCUGAGGUGCUGCUUCAGUCCAGCUAUGCUACUCCUGUGGAUCUGUGGAGUGUCGGCUGCAUCUUUGCCGAGAUGUUCAGACGGCGACCUCUUUUCCGUGGGAACUCUGAUGUUGACCAGUUAGGCAAGAUUUUUGAUGUGGUGGGGGUCCCUUCUCCAGAGGAUUGGCCACAGGAGGUGGGCUUGCCACAGAGUGCCUUUUCCCCUCGCCCUCCCCAGCCCAUAGAGGACCUGGUGCCUGACAUGGAUGAGCUGGGCAAAUCACUUUUACUUCGUUUCCUGUCAUUUAACCCCUCCAGAAGGAUAUCAGCUUACGAUGCACUCUCACACCCAUACUUCCAGAGUCUCGACAGCACCAGCAAGAGUCUGUACGCCCAACCCUUCCCCAGCAAAAAGCCCUCCCUGGAGGAGAGAGCUGCUUGAAAAGACGUGGCUUCCCACUGUAGACAAAGACCCCCUAUGAACUAGUCUUCCAUAGCAUAGCAUAACAUGCUGCUUUUAAAAAUAUCACCGCAACUAUUGGUCGAUCGUGUUUUGUCUUUGCCCUCACUACUGCCCGCUAAUACGGAUCAACAACACGCUGCCUGGAAUUACGUGUUUAACAAUAUCAGAAGCUGCUCUCGUCUCCCACCCACCUUCCUCGAAGGAAGUUUGCCUGCUCAGUUGAAAAUGUCAAGCCGCAUCUUGACACUGCCAGGGAUCAUCCUUCUGUUUGCAUAAAUGCAAUGCAAAGGACUUAAUUGAGUCUUAGCUGCACAUCACUGCCAUAAAACAGCAAGGUCUUACGUGGGACCGUGUCCGUCUCAUAUGGAUUAAGCAAAUGUAGAACCACAACUACUGCAUAUUCAGGCCCGUUGAACGGAACCUCUUAUUUUACACCUUAAGAUAUAAUCGCUAAUUACCUUUUUUUUGAGCUCACACUUCCAAAAUCCUCUCAGUCACAGGCCAGGAGGAUUUUUUGUAUUGUUUUCCAUCACAUUGUUACUUCGGAGUUAAAACAGGAGAGUGUGGACACAUCUCCUCGUGUGACUUUUUCUGAUGACUGCAUGACCACAGACACUCUAGUACUCUAUUUAAUAUGGCAUUUCAUCACAAGCAUCCUGGUGUCAUUUGAAUCGUCCAGGACAGAGCUACCAAAUGCUUUGAAGCACUAUUUAACACCAUAUUUCCUUGACAUUAUAAUGUACUUGUAUUUUUUUUCUUCAAUAUAAAUUCCACAUUCUGUUCACUUAUUUUAUUAUGUCAGUGUUGAUUGUUGACAUUUUUUUGGCAUGUUAUGUCUUAAUUUUAGUGAACUUGAAGGUGUAGGUUGUUGUAGAAAACUCGUUGAUACGUAUACCAAACAGUCUGCACCCUGUCGUCAGGGAUUUAGUGCCGAGACGUAGUUAAUGGAUGACCCGCGCCGGGUUGCAUGUUGAAUUUAGGGUUGAUUUAGAGCAGAAACAAGCUAAGAUGGAUAACAGAAAGAAAUACAUGUAUGAAAGCGUUAGCGUGUAGUUCUGAAAGUCUAGUAAAAGUAGCUAUAGAGUUGGCGAGUGUUAAGUUCAAGGUCAGGUUGCGAGAUUCGUUCGAGGCUCGGAGAGUAAUGUAUAAUCCCAUGUAUAAUUCAUUGAUUAAGUCCAGGUUCUUUUCUUUAUACGCAAUGCUACAUCCUUCCAUUUCCAGUUUCACUUAAUUGUCUGGAUAGAUCAUCACAAAAAGUGCACCAAGUCCGCUAGAUGGGUUGCUUUCAGUUCCUUUGUGUUUAGCGUGUGACGAACAAGGGGAGGGAAGGAAGGACGCUGCUUCAGAAUUUAGCAUUUAGCCUGGUGAUUCCAGGUGAAGCUGUUUGAUGAGGGAUGAGGAGCUAUAGACAGGCACUGUAGUACUACAAAACAGUCACACAGUUAAAGGGAUAGUGCACCCAAAAAUGAAGAUUCUG